AUGAGUAAAAAGCGGAAAGCUUCAUUUAAUUAUGCAGCGGCCAAGUUGUGCAAAGCCCGAGUGAUGUCAGUUGGCAACGAAACGGUGAAUUACAUCACAUUAUUCUUGAUGGUGGUUCUUGUCAUCAUUACGACAACCAGUACAGCAGAUGCUUCCAACUACUUUGACACUCAAGGGCCUAAUUUCUCGCAUGAGCCACCAUCGCGCAUCGAAUUCACCAACAACGCCGGAAGCAUUGCCGAUUGUAUAGCACAUGGCAAUCCGCCGCCGAAUGUCGAAUGGCUGGAUAAGGAUAAUAAUCCCAUCACGUCAAUAUCAAAGGUCCGUCACAUACUCGCCAAUGGUUCGCUGUAUUUCCCUCCAUUCGAGGCGGAAGAGUUCAGGCAAGAUGUGCAUUGGUCGGUGUAUCAUUGUGUGGCGACUAAUGCAGUGGGCACAAUCGUUUCCCGGGAUGUUGUGGUGAAAGCAGUUGUAAAUCAACGCUAUGAGCCGGAAGUGCAAAAUCCAGGUGGCUUUAUUGGCAGCAACGUAUUGAUUAAAUGCAAUAUACCUUCGUUUGUAAAGGAGUAUGUAACGGUAACGUCGUGGCUACAGGAACCUAAUUUCAAUAUAUACCCAUCCUUGGAGGGAGAUGGCAAAAAUCAUAUGCUACCGACUGGCGAACUUCUGGUCUACAACAUCACACGCACCGAUGCGCAUAAAGUUUAUCGCUGCCGCACCCAUCACAAGCUAACGCAGGAUUCUGUUGUGAGCAGCAAUAUGGGCAAAAUUCAAUUGACCGAAAUGCGCGAACUCGUGCCACCAAUUAUGAAUGAGAAAUCUACCAGCAUAGUGACCCGUCUAGGCGAUCCUGUUGUUGUGCCGUGUGUGGCCUAUGCCAACCCGAAGCCAGUAUAUCGCUGGCACACGAAACGCCCAAACAAUGAGGAAUCCAUACAACAUUUGUUGGCGACAGGACGCGCCAAAAUUAAGGAAGGCACUUUAAUUAUUACCGCGGUCGAUCGCGCCGAUAGUGGGGCGUUCUUCUGCACUGCUACCAAUUCGGAGGGUAGCGAAACUUUGGAAGUACAAAUUGCUGUUACAUCACCCCUUACUGCCAGCAUACAACCAACCAUACAGACGGUGAAUCUGGGCAAAACGGCAAACUUGAUUUGCAGUAUUUCGGGCUUUCCAAAGCAAAGCAUUAUCUGGCUGAAAGAUGGUCAACCACUGCGUUCAGGUGCGCGUGUGCGUCUGCUGUCUACGGAAAAUAUACGCAUUACCUCUAUCACCAAGGAGGACAAGGGCAUGUACCAGUGCAUCGUGAAAAAUGAUCUGGAAUCUGCUCAGGGUACUGCCGAACUACGACUUGGAGAAGUGGCACCGCAACUAAUUUAUAAAUUCAUCGAACAAACCAUACAGCCUGGCCCGUCAGUCUCGUUAAAGUGCAGUGCUAGCGGAAAUCCAACACCAAAAAUCGUUUGGCACUUAGAUGGUUUUCCACUACCAAAUAACGAUCGACUCAUGAUUGGCCAAUAUGUCACAAUGUUCGGCGAUGUUAUAAGCCAUGUCAACAUUAGUGCGGUGAAGUCGGAGGAUGGCGGCGAAUAUGAGUGCAAGGCAAUUUCGCGCGCAGGUGAAGCAUCGCAUUCGGCGCGUUUAAACAUAUACGGUAUGCCAUACGUGCGCUUGAUGCCGAAAUUAUCUGCAGUGGCGGGAAAGACAUUUUUUCUAAAAUGUCCCGUGGCAGGAUAUCCCAUUGACAGCAUCAUCAUAGAGAAAGCUGAUGGCGUCAGAUUGCCAACCAAUAUAUGACAGCGUGUGCAGAACGGUACCCUUCUCAUCGAGAAUGUGCAACGUACCGCCGACCAGGGCACCUACACUUGCAUCGCCCGCAACAAGCACAACUACACGGCGCAACGUACGGUGGAGGUGAAAGUUUUGGUUCCCCCACGCAUAUCACCAUUCAGCUUCGAAGAGGAAAUCACUGAGGGCAUGCGCACCCAGCUAAUGUGUUCGAGUAGUCAGGGUGACCAGCCGUUCAACAUAACAUGGCUAAAAGAUGGCAUACCUAUAUUGGACAACGCUGUCCAACAAACUCCGAUUGUAAAUAUGCCAAGUGAGAUAGGCGGCCGCUCACAAAGCGGUGGCGGCGGCAUUGGUGGUUUGGGUGGAAAAAGUUAUAGUCCAACAGAUGGCACCCUCACCAUCAACGAGUAUGCACCAUUUUCCAGCAUCAUAUCCAUACACAAUGUGACGUCACGCCACAACGGCAACUACACGUGUCGGGUCAGCAAUCGCGCGGGAUCUGUUGAGUAUACGGCGGUACUAUCCGUUUCGGUCCCACCACGUUGGACACUAAAACCCACCGAUCAGGAUGCCAUACUUGGCAACCCUGUAGCGAUUACGUGUAAGGCUGAUGGAUUUCCUAUACCCACCGUGCAGUGGAAACAAUCGAUUGGUGAUUCAGGAGAAUAUCGUGAACUCAGCUAUGGCAUUGGCAACGGCAAUUCGCAAUCAGUAAUCGAAACUUACAACAACGGUUCACUGAUUAUUCCUAAAGUGGGACGAGAGCACGAGGGCAGUUAUCUGUGUCAAGCGAGUAACGGCAUUGGCGCUGGUUUGAGUACGCUUAUCAAACUAACUGUGCACGUCGGCCCAUCUGUAACGGUUUCAAAGAAGCAGGUUUCCGUCCGUCGUGGUGAUCGUGUCACACUACGCUGCGAAGCUGAUGGUGAUCAACCGCUAAAUAUAACAUGGCGUGCCAAGGCUAACCAUAUCGAUCCGUCUUACGAUAUUCGCUAUCAUAUUAAAGAUUCACCUCUUAGCCGUGGCACAGUUUCGGAAAUGACAAUCCUUCAGACUAUCCUUAAUGAUCGUGGCGAAUAUACUUGCAUCGCUACCAACAAUUAUGGUCAUGAUCGGGCGGUAAUUCAUUUACAAGUUCAGGAGCCACCAAAUUUCCCCGUUAAUCUGCAUGUCACUGAUUUGGGCAGCCGAUCGGUAACGCUGGCGUGGUCGCCUAAUGAUCAGGACUCGAUUUUUAUGAGCAAUGGCGGCAAUAAUAGGGACUCUCAGCCGAUAUCGAACUAUAUUUUGCAGUACAAAAAGGCUGGCGAUGUCUGGCAUGAGCACAAUAAUCAAAAAUUGCUGCCCGGCGAUAAGACAACUGCCCAAAUUGGUUCUCUACGCCCCGCGCAGGCCUAUCACUUCCGCCUCUAUGCCGAGAAUCAUUUGGGUACUAGUGCCCCGAGUGACAUAUUACUCGUCCAAACCGACGCUGAAGUGCCAAGUGGCCGGCCGCAGGACGUUUCUGCAGAACCACUAGGGCCUCAACAAUUACUCAUCACUUGGCGUCCACCAGAACGUGACACAUGGAAUGGCGAACUAUUGGGUUAUACGAUUGCUUACCAGAAGCAUGGCGCACCAGAUAGCGUACAAAAUUUCACUAAAGUCAGCAGUUUAGGUGGCGAAGGUCUCAACGAUUUCCGUCUUACAGCUUUGGAGAAGUACACCCAGUAUGCCAUAUCUGUGUCUGCUUUCAAUGUGAAAGGUGAUGGACCACCCAGUGAAGUUACUAUGGGCCAUACUUUGGAAGAUGUGCCAUCAGCGCCCCCUCAAGGCGUCACCUGUAUUGCACUCACAGCACAAAAUAUACAAAUUUCAUGGCAAUCACCGCCCAAAGAGUCCAAUCAUGGCAUUAUACAAGGUUAUAAGUUGCUCUACGAGCCCGGUAAUAUCGAAUCAGAGUAUGGCACGCGCGAAACCAAGAUCACAUCAGCGCUGAGCACUGUUUUGCAUGGUCUGCAACCUUUCACAAAUUACAGCGUUCAAGUAUUGGCAUUUACGCGUGCCGGUGAGGGUGUGCUCAGCCCUACCGUCUCUUGUACUACAGAAGAGGCGGUCCCAGAUGCACCCGAGCGCGUUAAGUCGGUCGUAAGUAGUGAGUCUUCUGUGAUCAUCAGCUGGUUGCCUCCACGACGCCCUAAUGGAAUUGUUACAAAAUAUAAUGUCUACAUACGUAUACUGGACAAAGGCCAGGAGUUGAAGAUACUCAAAGAGGUAUUGCCGGCAAACAAUCGUCACUUUGAAGCUAAAGAUUUGAUGGUGCGCGAGACUUACGAAGCUUGGGUUACGGCCUCGACGCGUGUAGGACAAGGACCCAGCACGCCAGUCAUCAAAUUGGUGCCAAGCAACUCGGUACCAGCUGCCAUCAUUUCAUUUAGUCAAACAUUGAGCGUCAGUUGGCGUGUGGAUCUUAAAUUAGCUUGCGUUUUCGUUGGCAACCCCAAGCCCAAUGCCGAGUGGAAAGUGUUGAAUGCGCGUUCUAAAAAGCAUUUCCGCUUGGAGGUGAGCAAUGAUAAUACACUAACAUUGCGUAAUAUACAACGCUCGCACGAAGGAAACUAUUCGUGUGUGGUGCGAAAUUCGAUUGGUUCGGAUCACAUUGUCUAUCAGGUAUACGUACAAGUGCCACCAUCUGCUCCAGUCCUGUCCAUAAUCGGAAGCACCACUAACUCUGUAUCGCUGCAGUGGCGUGUGGAAGACAUAGGUGGCGCUCCACUGAGGGGUUUCACAAUGACUUACCGUAAGGAGUUUGGCGACUGGGAAGAGAUACAACUCGAUCGACGCGUUAAUUCCCAUUUGAUUGAAAGUUUGGACUGUGGCACACGAUACCAAUUCAAUAUGGUAACAUACAACAAAAUUGGAACCAGUGAAACAAGUGCAAUUGAAACCGCGAAAACAAAGGGAAAUAAACCAAUCGCACCACAUAAACAAAGCCUGAUACGCUCAAACAUAACAUCCUCAUUACUAGAGCUAUCCUCUUGGCAAGAUGGCGGCUGUCCGAUACAGUAUUUCAGCAUUGAGUUCAGGCGCUAUGGUAUUUCGAGUGAUUGGAUAAUCGUCUCUAGCCGAAUAGAGACACACACACGCUACAUAAUUGGUGAUUUGGAGCCGGGCACCGCUUACAACUUGCGCGUUGCUGCACAUAACAAUGCAGGCUCAACUAUUAAGGAGUACUACUUUGAAACCUUACACUUCAACGGCCUCUCUGCUGAAUUGGAUCAUAGCGAUUUACCCGAAGUGCGCACACUUUUCCGGGACGUACACCUGAUAGCGGUUAUAAUUACAUCCGUAUUUGGCACGAUCUUGGCUAUAAUUGGUGCUUGUAUUUGCUUCAAGAACUAUCCCCGCCAGCUAUUUGCACGGAACGUCGACUCGAUGCGGCCACAUGGCGCUGAUGGCAAGGAUAUACAACAUCGUGAACAAUACUACGGUACGGUACGCAAAUCAUGCCAGCAAUCACCACCUGAAUCGGUUGCUGGGCUUGAACGCAUACCUGAAUACUCUGAAGAUAUCUAUCCUUACGCUACAUUCCAUUUACCAGAACAUGAAAACCAAUCGGCUAACAUACCGCUCAGCCGCAAAGGAGGCUUACCAGCAAUGUACGACCCACGUGGUGGUGUCACCGAUGACAAUACCCUCUCCAGCACAGGUGCCAAAGUGAAACGUUCCGUUUCGACGGGCAUUGGUAGCAGCAGCUCGAAUGCGAAUUUAGCCGGCGGACCAGGCGCAGCGUCGGGCGAGUGUAGUCAUACGAAUACUGAAAAGCGGCAUAAGCGACGCUCAAAAGCAAUCAAAUCUGAGUCGGAGGAGUACGACAGCUUGAAUAGCGAUAGUGAUUUGAGUGGUGAGCGGAUGCGAGAGAGAGAGCGCGAAGAAAGCCGCAGCGGACGAGAGUCCUCGUCGCACUUAGACGAUGGUGGCUUCAAUCCUCACGGCCACAGUCCUCUCGGUGGCGGCAAUGGAGGAGGCAAUAAGGAACGCCUUUCAGUAUUCAGUAGGCCUCAACUUCAUAGUAACAGCAUGGACCCCGUGCCCUUCGACUACCGGCUCUUUGACCCGCCAGCAAAACAACCGAAACCAACAAUUGCCUGUGGUGCACAGUCACAGUCGCAUCUCCACCACCAACGACAAACAUCAUCCACAUCAACAUCCACAUCCACAUCUACCCAAAAUUCAACCAACCAUACAAAUAUGCCCAGCGGUCUAUCCGGUGGCAAAAUACGAUCAAAAGCUGCCGAUACUAAUUCCAACAGCGGCAGCAACCUCCUCCUCUCCGGCGAGUUCCAAUGUUCAACUAACAGCGUCCCCGCCUCGCAUAUUGUCCAGUCGGGUUCAUAUGUCGAAAUUCUGAAGCAUGCCGCACCACAUCCUACCAACAACAUGCCUACAACCCAAACACCACCAAUACAGGCGUCGAAUUCAAAACGCAUAACAGCAGGUGGCAGCGCAAGCAGUAACGCUGUCAUCGGAGGCGCAGCUCUGGCUUGUCACAAUAAAAGCUAUGGCGACUUUCUAACCAUUACGCCACGUCGCAAAGGAAAGCUGCUCUCGUCCGGCUAUGGUGACAAACAUGGCGGAGCUGGUGGUGGUGCUAUCGAAGGCAGCAAUCAGGAUAAUUAUCGUCAUCACCUACCAACCAGCAUUGAGCCGCUUCAUCUAUUAGGCAUACCCAACGACAAUAUGUCCACUUUCUUUGACUAUCGCGCCAUGGAGACAUUGAGCAAUGCUGAUACGUUGGCGAUUGGCAGCAGUCUCUCUGGCCAUGCACACGGCAAGGGCAAAACAUAUGACCCCAGUAUAUCCUGUCUGAAUGCAAAUCACUAUGGUGAUCCCACACAGAGCAGUAGCACAGGAAUAUCCGAUGAAUUCCAUAAUAUAAUCAGCGAAAAAAAUCUGAGUCCUCCUUCAGCCUUCAGUGACAAUAACAGCUGUCUCCCAAAGGGUAAGGUCUAAAGGCUAUAGGCGGCAAUUCAAUGAAGAUCAUAUCAAAAUUUCGUUAAAAAUUGAAUAUCGCAUGAUUCUAAACGCCGAUGCGCUUACAAGUUUUAAUGUUAAGGAACUGAAGAAUUCUGCAUAUCAAGAAUCGAGAAUCGAUGUAGCGAAUAUUAGAAUUACUCUAAAAACAAUGGCAAGAAAACAAAACAAAACAGAAAAAAAAAACAAAAAAAAAUAAACCGAAACGAAACGAAGAAGAAACUAAGACUUUACUGAAGCAUUUAAAAACAAGACAAAUAUAAAUUUGAAUUAUUACAAAAACAAAACCAAGAAAAACAAACUCAUGUAGUGCAUAAAUAGAUAUGUUUGCACUCCUAAUAUUAUUAAACGACUGGUUUGAUUUUAAGAUCACAGAAAAACGUCACAUAAAAAUGUGCUACAAAAAUAGAUGAAGCGUUGCAUAGACCGCGACAGCCACAAGUUGAACUAUUAUACACACUUAUAAAGAUAUGUAAAUGGUUAUGUUUGUAUGUACUAAACUAAUCUGUGUAAAUUAAUUACGAUAUAUUAUAAUUGUAGUAAGUGGAGCAAUAGUUAAAUUAAUUAGGUGUAAAAGUUCUAAUUCCUUCAUAGCGGCGAUCUCAAAGUGUGGGGAUGCUCGUAUUGGAAA